CUACCGGUUCUGUCGGUUGCACUGAGAUAGAGUGGAGUCAAGAGUGACCGGCAGGCAGGCAGGCAGGCAGGCAGGCGGGAUCGGUCUCCGUGGCUCGUAAUCAACAUCAUCACGUCCAGCUCUCGCCGUGGUAGCGAAGGACUGCCGGAGGGCGCCGCGCGUCUCGUGGUUGUCGUUGGCGCCCAGUUCGGACUCGGUUGGCGCCAAGCAGAGUUCUCGCAGGGACGCUCGGCGAUCGCUCCUCGUGAAAGCCGAAGCUCUCGACGGAGGGCGGCGAAGAGGACGAGGAUUGGGGCUCGGAAAUCCGUGCGCCGCGCUCGUCCUGCUCCUCGAUGGUGAUUCUUCUGAACGCCUGUCGACUUGGCUUCUGGCUUCUUCCGGUUUCGAACACCGCAGAUUGUUGUGCCUAUUGAAUGAGAGAAAUGUGCGCAUCCGCAGCGAUCGUUUGAUUUCUGCCUCUGAGCUAUGGCGCCCAAGAAGGAGAAGGAGAAGGAUAAGGAGAAGAAAGGGAAGGACGGGAAAGAGCCCAAGUCUCCAAGAUCUCCAAAAGGAAGUAAAGAUAAAGAGCCCAAGGAGCCGGCUGAGCCAUCCCCACCGCCUGAGCCUCCUGAACCCACCAACGGAUUUUCGAAAUUCUGGUUUCCCAGCGGUGCUACUUAUGAAGGCGAGUGGAUACUCGCACCAGAUCCAAAUGCGGAUCCCGAGACCGAGCCCCAGCCAGAGAAGGAAUCCAAGAAGGGAGGGAAGGAGGCCAAGGUGAAAGAGGACAAGAAGAAAGGAGGCAAAGAAAAGGGUGAGAAAGAUGCAAAGGAAAGCAAGAAGGGAAACAAGGACGACAAGGACAAGGACAAUAAGAAGGUCGACAAGGACAAAGACAGUAAGAAGGUCGACAAGGACAAGGAUGAAAAGAAAGAAACUCUUGAAGGCGAGGCACCCCAAGCAGAACCCGAGAAGCUUCGACCCAAUCGUGUUCGCCACGGCAUGGGAGUCUACAUCGAUGGAGACUACCGCUACGAGGGGGGUUGGUCGAUGGACAAAAUGCACGGCUUAGGGAUUUUCUAUUACGCGAGUGGAGCCUCAUACGACGGGAACUGGGAGAUGGACAAGUAUUGUGGAGUUGGAACCUACAAGUGGCCUGACGGUCGCAGUUACAAAGGAGACUGGAGGGAGAACAAAAUGCAUGGGGCAGGAGUUUAUGUAGAUAAAGAUGGUCAAACAUACGUAGGCCAGUUCUUCAAUGGAAUUGGUCCAGGUCUCCUUAAUGAGAUCCACUGAGAUUCUUCCCGAUAUUCAUUAAAUACAGUUGCCUUCACGGCCGGGAAUAUUUUCCCUUGAGGUUUCCAAUGUUGAAGGGUUGGAUGCCUUUGCUGUAGUUGGUGUUCCAUUCUAUGGACCCUAAGCAAACUGCAAUCCCUGGAUUGGAUCAGAGGCGAGUUCCAGGAUCUUGAACUUGAUACACUAUAACAUUGCGCGAAAUAAAUCAAGAGUUUCGUCUGAUUGCUGUCUUCAUUCUCGUGUUCCUGUGGUUUCUAGUUUACAUAGCUGCAAGUUUCAGUAAUCAAUUGAAACUACGCCGAGGUGAACCGUGUCAUGACCAGCAAAAGUGGUCUGGCACGAAGCACCAUAUGUACUCUGGAGUUAACCUCUGUCUUUGACAAACAAGAAGUUCCUCUCGAAGAUAAUCAAAACUUCAGGCCGAGUGAGAAGCCGGCCUCUACCUAGUCGACAUAAGGUCCUCAAAUGCAAGAUCAAUCGGAUAAAUCGAUGAUGGAGACUUCCGGUUGUUGAGGUUGUUGAGGUUGUGAGGACGUCGCAUCUGUACUGUCUACUCGGGAGGCGGCCUUCCUCCUCUUCCUUUGCCUCGCACUUUUAACAACUGGCUUCUUUCUGCAAAAUAGUCAAAGGAAUAAA